AUGUUUGGCCCCGAGAGCCACCCUCGCUUCUGUACUGUCACAGAUGCAUUCAAGCACCACGUACUCGCCAGCCCGAAUUCCCUCGCCGCAGUAAGCCUCACCUCGGCACAUAAGACCGAAGUGAUCACGUACCAGGCCCUCUCGAGCCGCGCGGCGCGCCUGGCCGUUGAGAUGCGACGCCUGGGUGUGCGCCCUGGCGACCGCGUGCCUCUGGUGGUCAAGCGUGGAAUAGGCAUGCUGGUGGGGAUUCUAGCGGUGCUCUCAUGCGGCGCCCAAUACGCGCCCCUCGACGGCGGCGUCGUGCCAGAGUCUACGCUGCGCUCUGUAGUGGAGCAGAACAGCAGUGAACGUGGUAGCGUUGUGCUGGCCAUGGGCGUAACGAAACACCGCCUCAGCGAGUUCCCCGACCUCACCGUCAUUUGCGUCGACGAGCUCCGCCGAGUAGAAGGCGACGACGAUCGCGAAGAUGGUCUUGUGCUGGAGGACCUUGCAAAGCCUGACAGCGGGUGCUACAUCAUUUACACUUCAGGCACUACGGGCACACCAAAGGGGGUUGAUGUUACGCACAGGAGUGUCACCAACUUGAUUUGUCAAUCGCCAGGCGAUUUAGGAAUCAAGACUGGAACGAAGAUUGGUCAGACCCUUAAUAUUGGUUUUGAUAUGGCUGCGUGGGAAAUCCUAGGAGCACUAUGUAACGGCGGAACACUAAUUCUCAGAGGCUCGGAUUGGGCUGCGUGCAUCAGAGAGCAGAUCGAGGUCCUCAUAUGCACUCCGACCAUUCUCGCCAAAUACGAGCCACAUGACUAUCCGAAGAUCAAGACCGUCGCCACAGCCGGAGAACCAACCUCCCAGCGACUAGCCGACAAGUGGGCUGCGCACCAGACGUACUACAACUGCUGCGGUCCCACUGAGGCCACGAUUGUCAACACUAUGCACAAGCACGUCAGUGGUGGGGCUGUGACUAUUGGAAAGCCAACCCCUGGGAACAAUAUUUACAUCUUCAACAAGGAUCACGAACUUCUUCUCAAUGGCGAGCCUGGAGUCAUGUGGGCCGGUGGUGUCGGCGUGUCUAAGGGCUAUGUCGGACUUCCCGAGAAGACUGCUGCACAAUACCUCCCAGACCCAUUCCUGGACAUGACAUACAAGAUAUACAACACAGGCGACCUCGGCAGGUGGCUCCCCGACGGUUCUAUUGAGAUUCUUGGCCGAGUCGAUGACCAGGUAAAGGUUAAGGGCUUCCGAGUUGAACUUGACGGAGUCUCUGCUUCGGUGAACUCUUGCAGUGCCGUUGACAGAGGCGUUGUGCUUUUCUGGCACGGAGAGAUCCACGCGUUCAUCACACCAGCCAACGCCGACAUGAACAUUGUCAAAACACACCUGCAGAAGUGCCAGCCAUAUUACGCCGUGCCUUCACAGUUCCAUUUACUUGAUGAGCUCCCGGUGACCUCCAACGGCAAGAUCAACAAGCAGUUGCUUAAGGAGUCAAUCUCUGACACCAGGACACUGGUCGUUGAGAAGGCCAGCUCUACUGCGGACCUGCCCUUACCGCCAAGCCUCCAAAAGGCAAUAUCCGAUACAGCCGACACUACUUUGUGCAAUCGGUCAAAUUCGAGCUUCGUAGACGAGAAGCCCGAGCUCGACUGGGAGGCUGCCGUACCCGAUAAGGUGGAGAGCAAAACAGUUCGCGGUAUCCGCCAUCGCGUGCUGAUUGUCUACCGACGACUUUUCACUGUAAUGGCUCUUCUCAACAUGGCCACCGUCGUCAUCGUGGCCCUCACCGGCUUCAAGCGCGAAGCCGUUGGCCACGCCACCGCUGUCAACCUCACAAUCGCAGUUCUCAUAAGACAGGAACUUGUCAUCAAUGCCAUUUACACGGUAACAUGCAGCGUUCCCAAGUCGUGGCCUCUUUGGAUUCGCAGACGUGCCGCUCGGGUCUUCCAUCUUGGUGGCGUUCAUUCUGGGGCUGGCGUCAGUGCAGCGCUUUGGAUGUUUGCGAACACGGCCGGCGACACAGCGUGCAUGACGCUGGGUACUUGCGGUGGACACUGGGGGAAACCUUCCGUUGCUGUAAAGGUCAUCACAUGGAUCAUCGCCGCUCUUUUCGUUGCCAUGAUGGCUAUGGCCUACCCGACGGUGCGCAAGGCGCAUCACAACAGGUUUGAGGUUGUUCACCGAUUUGUGGGCUGGACUGUGCUUGGCCUCUUCUGGGCUCAAGUGCUGCUCACCGCCAAUGACACAAAAGCCACAGAUGUUUCCCUUGGAACUGCCGCAGUGAGGACGCCCGCGCUGUGGCUCCUGGUUGUUGCUACGCUCAGCGUCGCCUCGUCUUGGUUCUGGCUCAGGAAGGUCUCCGUCAGGGCCGAGGCUCUGUCCAAACACGCGGUCCGCCUGCACUUUGAUUACACGGUUCCGGUAAACGGCUCAUUCACACGACUGUCUCAUACACCGCUUCUCGAAUGGCACUCUUUUGCCACCAUCCCUGCUCCCGAGGCUGUUGAUGGCAAGCCCAAAGGCUACUCACUGGUCGUCUCCAAUGCCGGCGACUGGACUCGCGCUAUGAUCGAACAACCCCGCCCUAAUAUCUGGGUGCGUGGCGUGCCUACUUGUGGUGUCAUGCGCAUUGCGACCUUGUUCAAUCGUCUCGUCAUCGUCGCCACCGGUUCUGGCAUCGGCCCCCAGCUCGGACACAUCCUCAGCCCAUCAUGCCCGACCAAGCUCAUCUGGUCGACCAAGGAUCCCGAAAACACAUUCGGCAAGCCCAUGUGCCAGCUACUCAAGUCCAAGUGCCCUGACGCUGUCAUCUGGGACACCCGCACCCAAGGCCGCCCUGACCUCGUCAAGAUGUCAUACAACCUCGCCAAGAGCUUCGGCGCGGAAGCCAUCAUCAUCAUCGCCAAUGAGAAGACUACCAGAAAGGUUGUCUACGGCCUUGAGACGCGUGGCGUGCCUGCCUAUGGGGCGAUUUGGGAUAGUUAG